GACAUAAAUUUAAGUUUGUUAGUAUUGAAAUUAAAAACCUUCACAGUUUAUGCUAGCAAAACAAAGUUGAAAAAAACAUGGAAAUGCACGAUGACGAUGAUGAACAGUCGGAGUUUGUUCAAAAGCCAAAAAUUAUCAAAAGUGUUUUGAAAGACACAAGUGAUAAAAGAUUGAUUGUUAUUCUGGAAAAAGCAUCACUAGAGACAGUGAAGGUAAUUAAAUAUACCAAGUGACUAUUCGGACCCGGUAUCAGAAGUGAGAGAAGUGAAGUGAAAGUGAGAGGAGAGGUGGGAUUUGUAAAAAAAUAAAUAUUUUGAACUAAUAUUGUUGGGUUUUUAUGACGAAAAUUGGUAUCAAAUGAAAAGAUAAUUGUAUGGACUAUAUGUUUAUAAACUUACUUCUUCAGUUUAACUAAAAUAAACUACCACAAAUGACAUUGGAAUCAUUUAGUAUGAUUGGGCCAGGACACGCAUGGCCGCUAUUCUAGGUACUUUAAUAAAAAAUGUAAAUACAUUUUUUAAAUAAUACAGUUAGUUAGAGCAAAUUUCAAAUAAAAAAAUUAAACCAGAAUCAACUUCUUAGCUUAAGUACUUUUUGAGCUACUAAUUUUUAAAUUUAAAGUGUGAGUCCUCCACGGUCCACAUCUUGUGAUCUCAUUCCGCUGAUCGCGUCAUGCCCAAUGACUAGGGGUGUGCCGGACCCCGAUCCGGAAUCCGGUUCCGCCGGAUUUUGCACUAUCCGGUGAAAUCCGGUUCCGCCGGAUUUACAUGUAUCCGGAACAACCGGAUUCCGGAAUAUACCGGAUUUCGGAAUUUGCCAGAUUUUGUGACUCACCGGAUCAUAAUCUGAAAUAAAAGUAAUUCUCUUUCCCGAAUUCCACACGAUCACGAUACAUUAAUCGAUUGUUUCGAGCGUUGAGCUUGUUUAAUGUUUAAUAUUCCGUACAUACCAGAGGCUAGAGUCAGCACCGCUAAUAGUGGCCAAUAGUGUAGGGACUUUGAUAAGAAAAUUUAAACUUUUUGUAAAAAUAAACCAAUGGCAUAGUUGAAAAGAUGUAAUUUUUUAAAGAAUUAUAACACCAAAAUCAUAUUUUUAGCUGUUGUAGUUUUAAAGUUAUGAAUUUUUAAAGUACGACUUGGUUUGUCAUUUUUUAACAUGGACUGCAUCUCCACAUUCUGUGAUCUCAUUCCGCCAAUCCCGUCAUGCGCAAUGACUAUAUAGUUUAUAUAAGGCAACGCAUUCCCUGCCUUAUCACUAAAAUACUGUUUAGACUUAGUUUAAACUUUCAACUUUGGCACAUGAAUAAUUAAUUAAAGCUUUCCCUGACCAAUGGUUUAAUAGUUUUUGCACACGGCAAACUCUUAUGAAUGAAACUCUGAGGUAGUACUACGAUACAGUUAUGCAAGUGGCUGUGAAUGGUUGCCAAUGACAACGUGUUGCACACGGUAAAUUCUGAUCAUUUAUAAUAUGGAUUCUACCGGGUUGUUAAAGCUCAAAUUAAAACAUUCCAGUUUAAAUGUCUUUAAAUGCAUUCUGAAACACAAGUUAUCAAUUAUUUUGAUGUAAAUAGUGAUAAUAAAUUAAUAUUUCCUAAGUAUCGUCAACUUCCGCCAUUAAAAAGGGGGGCGUGGCCAACCCCAUGGCGAAAUUAGGUUGAGCGAGCUGCAUAACCUGCUGCGAACGCGUAGAAACAUGGCGUCUCUCGUAAGACACUUAUCCAAAUGGAACGGAACUCAAAUAUAUAUCGAAAGUACUAAUUUAAUAAUAAAUAGACACACACAUCGGAAAAUUAAAAACUCGGAUUUUUUGGCGCCGAUUGCGAAUUCCCAUACACAAAAAGUAGUAGUCCACCUUGACUUACCGAAGUAUCUACCAAUAGUACCAAAAUCCGGAAUCCGGGAGAAACCGGAAUCCGGAUCCGGCGGAUUUCGCAUAAGAAAAUCCGGAUCCGGAUCCGGUUGGAAAAAACGGAUCCGGCACACCCCUACCAAUGACUAUAUACUUUACAUAAGGCAACGCAUCCCCUUAUAAUUAAAAUACUGUUUAGGGUCGACUAAGUUUAAACUUUCAACUUUGGCACAUGAAUAAUUAAUUAAAGCUUUCUCUGACUAGGUACUAUAAAACUAGUCGACGCACCGAUCUGCGCAUGUCCAAAAAUGUCGAAAAAACUUGCUCUACAAUAUGGCGUACAGCUACACGGUAUCUUUGGAAAAUUGCAUACAACGUCACCUUUGUUUAUUAAAUAAUUGCUUUCCUCAUCAGUGACGUAUCAGUUUUUGUGUUCCGCUGAUAUAUUGAUUUAUGCUACAAGAUUUUUUCUAGGGGUAAUAAGGGGAGAGACUGCAAUCAGGUUAGUACAAAAUAAAAUGAGUAAAACAGAGUAGGGUUAAACCUGAAAAAAUAAACGCAACAAAACAGCGAACGUGUCGGCAGAAAGCCUUCGUCAGCUAACAAAACAACAGAAAAAACGGUAUAAAAAUAAGAAAUAGCACUUAGCUGGAAAGUAGUAUCUGUGGGCAGCACUUCUAUUGCAAAUUGAUUUGUCUAUAAAAAGUUAUGCAUCCCACGAAGAAGUGUGGGGUAUGAAAUUGUCAUUAUUUUUUAUUUUGAUCGAGAAGCCGGAAAUGGCUGCUAUCACUGUGAUUCGUUAAUGUUAAAUCCUUAAACUUAAACAUCUAAAUAAUUAUAAGACGUUUAAAAUGAAUAAUUUUAAGAAAAGAUUAUAACCAAACUUGAAAAGUUAAUGUAGUAACCAAGGGUUGGUUUUAAGUUUUAUUUAUUACGUUAAAAAUUGUGUAUGGUACCGGUAAACAGUUUAUCGUUCUUCAUUAUUGAAUCAAUAUUUAAUAGUUUUACAAUAGUAAUAUCAAUAAUAAUAGUCAAUCCCAAGAACUAAAACUAAGACCAUCGGUGAAUGCUCCUUCUGCUUCCAUGGGCCCACGUUCUGGAACCAGCUCCCCUUCCAUAUACGUCAUAGUGAAACCUCGUCCAUUUUCAAAAAGUCCCUUAAAACUCAUCUGUUUAGGUCCGCCUAUGACCUGUGAUGCACCCUCCUUGCCCUACCUCAUUUUCUGUUUCGGGUUGAUACUCAUCUGUUUAGGUCCGCCUAUGACCUGUGAUGCACCCUCCUUGCCCUACCUCAUUUUCUGUUUCGGGUUGAUCCUGAAGUGUCAAAGUGUCCUCGUUUUAUAGCCAUUUUCAUUGUUUCUAUAGAAUAGUAGUUACCAUCCUAGUGUCUCAUUUGUAUUUACUUAGUUUACAUGUUUUAAUAAUUGUAAAGCGCUUAGAGCUUUAUGAUAAGCGCUAUAUAAAAAUGCCUAAAUAAAUAAAUAAAUAAAUAAUAGUCGUUUUUCUCUUAUUAUUUCAGAGAAUAUUUGCUAAAAUUAGGCCUCCAUAUCAAUAUCAGUUGUAAUUAUAAACAACUGUUAUUAUAAUCCUAUAAUAGCCUAUUUAGGGAUAAGCUUAAUAUUUUUCUUAAUCUAAUUUAGAUACUCCGCCGAAGCAAGAGACAGUCCUAGAAAGUUUGUAUCGGAAAUGGGCGUCGGCGCAAUGGAAUCCGAGUUUUUAAUUUUUUCAUGUGCAUGUAAUUUGAAUAAAUUAGGAGUCCUUUUGGCCCAUAAUAUAAUUAAGGUUUGACUCCGCCCAUUAACGAUAGGAGAAAUGUUGAACUACAUUCCCUUUGAGUUACUUUGUUCUUUAUCUCAACUUUAAGUGAGGAAAAUCGUAUGUCAAAAUAAGGCAACUUCGCAUUAAAAAAUUCGGUCUAAAUAUUCAAAGUAGGUCUUUCAUAUUAAAAGCAGGCCUGCAUAAUUUGUUGAAGUACACGUGUGCAAAAUUUCAUUGGGAUAGCUCAUGAAACAUUUUCACAAUUCUCUUCAACGUUGACCUCAUUAUGCAAAGGUCGCACAGGCCUUAUUGGAUUAGUGAUCCCGCCCCUUUUUAAAUGGCGGAAAAUGCUGAUACUUAGCUUAGGAAAUAUUCAUUAUUACCUCUCUAGACAUCAAAAUAUUUGAAAACUUGUGUUUCAGAAUGCAUUUUGAAGACAUUUAAACUAGAAUGUUUAAAUUUGAGCUUUAAAAACUCGAUAGAGUCCAUAUUAUUAACAAUCAGAAUUGACCGUGUGCAAAAAGUCAUGGGAAACCAUUCUCAGCCAUUUGCAUAAUGCUAUGCCUUAGUACUACCUCAAGUUUCAUUCAUAAGUGUUUGCCGUGUGCAAAAACUAUUAACACCAUUGGUCAGGGAAAGCUUUAGUUAAUUAGUCAUGUGCCAAAAAACAGCUAAAAAUAUGAUUUUGGUGUUGUAGUUUUAAAAUUAUGAAUUUUUAAAGUACGACUUAGUUUGUCAUUUCUUAACAUGGACUGCACCUCCACAUUCUGUGACCCAAUUCCGCUGUUCGCGUCACGAGCUAUAUAACCCUCGGUUUAAAAUAUGAUUUUGGUGUUGUAAUUCUUUAAAAAAAUAGCUCUAUUCAACUAUGCCAUUGGUUUAUUUUUGCACAUAGUUUUAAUUUUCUUAUCAAAGUACCUAUCUAAUUCUAUUACUACGAUUACAACCACACUUACAUUUUAAUUUUUAGCGUAAAUUCUAUAUGUAACAGUUUUAUUAAAAUACAUCAAAUUAAUAAACAGGACUCAAACAACAUCAUCGUAGUAAUUAUAUUUUUAUUAGGGCAUAGAAAAACAGUACAUAGACAAUUAUUUAAUAUAUCAAAUAACAUUUUUUAAUGAAUUAGUCUCAUCAUCAUGGAUGAUUUUGAGUAAUUUUUAUUUAUAAUUACAUGCGUUCAAUUUUAUAUAUAAAGAAGACUACUUAACUUUUUAUAAAUAUAAUAAUUGAUUUAAAAUUUAACACAAGCCUAAUAAAAUUAGUUAAAAUUCAUUAAACAUGUUAGUUUUUUCAUUUUUUCCUGUAUAAAUAAUGAUUUUCCAAAUUUUUCUGUUCACUUUUUUCUGAACAUACCCACAAAUAAAUAUCUAAAAAAAUAAAAGUCUUGUUGUUAUAUAAAAGUUUUGUUGUUUAUUGUACUGUAUAUUGCAUUGAGAAUGUCUCCUGAAAAUUUGGUAGCAUUAUCUUUUAAAAUCAAAAAGUUUUGGGCAAAAUAAGGCAGAAAUUUGGAAAGUGGGUCACACGUUUUUUCAGUUAAAUACUAAGAUAAAGAAGGGGGUUUAAAAAAAAUCACCAAAAAAAUCAUAACUUCACUUCUAUAAAAGAUAGAAAGAUGAAAUUGGUGUUGUUGUAAAGGUAAAGCUUAUAGCUAGCCCUUUAAAAUGAUGUAUCAUUCAUGGCAAUUGGACAAUAUUUAAAUUUUGUAUCAAAGUACCUUCUCUGACCAAUGAUUUAAUAGUUUUUCCACACGGCAAACUCUUAUGAAUGAAACUCUGAGGUAGUACUACGAUACAGCUAUUAUUAUGCAAGUGGCUGUGAAUGGUUGCCAAUGACAACGUGUUGCACACCGUAAAUUCUGAUCAUUUAUAAAAUGGACUCUACCGGGUUUUUAAAGCUCAAAUUAAACCAUUUCAGUUUAAAUGUCUUCAAAAUGCAUUCUAACCAAGUUAUCAAAUAUUUUGAUGUUAAUAGUGGUAAUUAUUAAAUAUUUCCUAAGUAUCGUCAACUUCCGCCAUAUAAAAGGGGCGUGGCCAACGCCAUGUCAAAAUUAGGCUGAGCGAACUGCAUGAUCUUCUGCGAGGGAUAUAGUAAUUAUUUUAUGAAUGAAAUAGUUCCACUAUCAAAAAAUAAAAAACACGGAUUUUCGCGCACCGAUGCCUAUUUCCCAUACAAAUUUUUUAGUAGUCUCCCUUGCUUCAUCGAAGUACCUACCACUAUUCGUAUGUCAUUUGGGUAAAUUAUUAGGUUAGAGAUCGUCCUGCGAUGGCCGCCAUCUUUGUUGACACAACCAGUUAAUUCUGUCACUAAUGUAUCCCUAAAUUGAUCCCUAUGCCUAACCUGAACCCUAAAUCGAUCCCUAUGCCUAACCUGAACCCUAAAUCGAUCCCUCAACCUAACCUAAACCAUAAUUCACCGCAAGUAUAAUAAACAUGCAAAUGACAUCACGGGAUGAUCUCUAAGAAUUAGCCGUCAUUUGUGUUAGUUUUAAACUGAAGAAUUAAGUUUAUAAACGUAUAGUCCAUUCAAUUAUCUUUCAUUUGAUACCAAAUUUUGGUAAAUGAUAAGUGUGGAUGUCAUGAUUGGCCGCCAUCUUGGUUGAGAAGACCACUUAAUUCUUUCACUAAAUUUAAGUAAUCAUAUCCCUAAACCUAACCUGAACCCUAAAUCAUACUAAAUGUGUCCUUAAACCUAACCUGAACCCUAAAAUGUAUCCCUAAACCUAACCUGAACCCUAAUUUAGGGCAACUUUAAUAAACACAGGAAAGACGUCGUGGCAUCCACAACUAUCAUUAGCCCAAAUUUUGUCUUUACAAACCCAACAAUAAUAUUUUAAAUAUUUUUUUAAACCCUACCUCUCACUUCUGAUACCGGGUCCGAAUAGCCGCAGCCUUAAAUUUAAAUAUAUUACGCUUCACUUUCACAAUAACUUUGAGUUAAAGUUUAGCCUGGGGUUUGGUCAGUGCGGGUGGUGAGACUCCUCAGAGGCCUCACACUCCACGUCCACACUAUCACACUCAGUGACUCACUCUCAGGCUCAUCCUCAUACGGUCAUUCACUUAUUGUUGUACAGUUUUGUUACUUAUUUAUGUUGAGAAUUCUUUACUUUCACUUACUUAGAAGUUAAUUAGUUAUUAAAUUAUCAACAUGGCAGUGAUGCCUAAGAAUGUGAUGGAAGACACAGAUGAUGGAGUUCAUGGGCAAACUAUUAUUUAAUUAUUAGUAAUAGUCAAUUUUGUUAAUUCAUAAAUAAUUCAUUCAUUGUGUUGUGAAGUGCUCAGUCCACCACCAUUCCACCCAUGAUCAGUGUAUACAUUUCCUCCAGUGAGCUUUGCUUUACAUUGAAUUUCAGACUUAGACUUAGUUGCAUUAUGCCAUGCAAUCAUUAGACUUUGGUAGCUCUUUGCCUUACCUGGCAUAAGAAUUAGUCCUUUAGUCCUCUGUCCACACGGCGAGUUACGGACCGCCGUUCUGCCCCAUAGCUUACGCCCGAAAUUAAGGACGCGAAGCAGAAGCAGCGACGUGCAAUAUGCCAAUGGCAGAAGUCUGGCUUGACCGUGCACCGACAAAUCUUUUUUGACCACAGAGAACGAACCAAGAAGUUGGUCCUUGCAGCUAGGAUUGAGCAUGUUAGUCAUCAGAUUACAGAUAGCAGCUCAAGCAAGGACUUAUUUGGCAUUGGGGGUCAGCUGACCGGUAAAAUCAAGGCUACAUCUCUGCCAAAUAACAUUGCUGUAGAAGAGCUGCCAGACGCACUAAAUGACUUCUUUAUUACAAAAGCUAAGAAGAUCAGUGUGAAACUUGACAGUUGUAUCGAUACUGCUCCAGAAUUCUCACUCUUCAACGGCUCUCCUAUGGGCGAAUUUGUUGAGGUCAAUGAAUCGAAUGUGAGGAAAAUCCUGACUGAUACCCUAAGAAAGUCAUGCUCAUUCGACCCUCUUCCAGCAGGGCUGAUGUAUGAAUGUCUGGAUGAAAUAGUCCCCAUCAUCACUUGUAACGGCACUGUUAAAGAAAGGAAAUCUUGACCCAAAUGUGAUGGAAAAUUAUCGCCCCGUCUCAAAUCUACCAUUUCUAUCCAAAAUCUUAGAAAAAUUUAUUCUCCGCCAACUCCUGGAUCACCUCAUUCAGUGUGACUUGCUUGAACCUUUCCAGUCAGCCUACAGGGCGCAUCACUCUAAUGAGACAGCCCUGUUGCGCGUCGUAAACGACCUUCUGUCGUCUUGUGAUGAGGGCCAGGUAUCCAUUUUGUCUUUACUCGAUUUAUUGGCAGCUUUCGAUACGCUUGGCCAAGGCAUAAUUCUCCAGCGUCUGCAAAAAACGUUUAGUCUCACCGAUACCGUCCUGAGAUGGUUUCACUCGUAUAUGACAAAUGGGGUCCAGUCAUUUAUUUCAAACGGAUUGACCUUGAAGCCAUCUAUAAUUGAAUUCGGAGUACCCCAGGGCUUGGUCCUAGGCCCGGUGCUUUUCACUAUGUACGUUCAGCCACUGGGUGCAGUGAUCAAGCAGUUUGACAUGCUGCAUCACAUGUUCGCGGACGAUACACAACUUCAUCAAUCAGUGAUCCCCUCUUUGUUCCCUCAACUUCUUAGUAUGACACAGAAGACAGUGGUGUCAGGUAAGCACUGGAUGACCAUAAACAAGCUCAAAUUGAAUGAUGAAAAGACUGAGCUGAUCCCCAUUGCCACAGCUCAGAAACAAAAAUCUGUAAAAAACACAACAUCACUUACUCUCUCAGGUAUACAGUGCGAGACCUGGGUGUCUACUUAGACAGAACACUAACUAUGGAAAAUAAUAUUAACAUGCUUUGCAAGGCGAUGUUUCUAGAGCUGCGCAGGAUUAGUCAUAUCAGACCUUUCCUAACGUUCGAAGCAUCAAAGAGGCUGAUGUCUGCAUUCGUAUUAUCACGCAUGGACUACUGCAAUGCUCUCAUGGUGGGUCUUCCAGCUAUGCUCCUGGAUAAAAUUCAAAGAGCACAGAAUAAUGUGGCUCACAUUUUUCUUCACAAACGCAAAUUCGACCAUGCUAAAACACUUCUGAGAGAGCUGCACUGGCUGCCGGUCCGCGCUCGCAUAGUGUACAGAAUUGCAACUUUGUGCUACCGCUGCUUACAUGACCUGGCGCCGUCCUAUCUCAAAGCACUCAUGACGCCUUAUGUACCCACUAGACAGCUCCGCUCAUCCGAUAGUGGCAAAAUAUUGAUACCGCGUGUUUGCCUUGAGACUUACGGAAAGCGCACUUUUGCAUUUGCUGGCCCAACAAUUUGGAACGCCCUUCCUGUCGUUCUCAGAAACAGCCAGACACUGGAGUCCUUUAAAACCGAUUUAAAAACACAUCUAUUUCGCAAACACCUUCUGGGGUGAUGCUAUCUAACAUCUUUUUCCAGUUAAUGUUUAUUCGCUUGUGUUGCUUAUGGUUGAAAUGGGGUGAAAGACUUUGACUUGGUAUGCUUGUAUGUAGUUUUUUUUUUACUGUUGCGUCUGUUUUUAAAUGUGGUAAAUUUUAGAUUGUUUUUAUUUCGCUUUUGGGGAUGAAGCGUGUUUUUCAAAUAAACUUAGUAAAUAAUAAUAAUAAUAAAGUAAAUUAAAUUAUAGCCCUAGCCUAGGCCUAAGUAGUAGGCAUAUUCCAUUCGUCGUUAGUAUUAUUAUUAACUAUUUAAAAAAAAAUGUAAUUAGAAGAUCAUAUGAUUAUCAUAUGCUUGUCAGGGUAAAUGAGCAAUUAAUAGCAUGGGGUUUGCCAAGAGUUGUCCCUACUGACAUCAAUUUGGGGAAUCCCAACACUGGACAUAGGUUGACUGGACCAAUCAUUGGACCUGAAUGAUGAGAAUGACAAAUUUCCCAUUCUUCACUGAGCAUUGUUGCUUCAAAAACAUAAUUUGAUGUUAAAAUGUAUGUUAAAAUGAAAUAAUUAAAAUGAAAUAAUUAAAAUGAAAUAAUUAAAAUGAAAUAAUUAAAAUGAAAAUUUUCCAUUCAACUUUUAUUCUUCGUCUUCUGCUAUAUUUUAAGGGCCCACAAUCAAUAAAGUGAUAAUUCUGGCUCCUAUGUGUCAGAGGGGUUUGCGGUGUUAAUGUGCAUGGUUUUCAAGGGGACACUUCACUGGUUGCAAGGUCAAGGGCUACUCAGCAGUGGUAUUAUGAACCGGGGGUCGGAAGACAGGAGGCAAAGUGUCGAGUGUUGGCGCCUCAACUGUUGCUUUUGGAAGCUUGUUUCAGUCCCUUAUUGUCUUUGGCAGGAAUGAAGAGCUCCUGUACUGAGUUCUUGUUUUUAUUAGCCGGAACUGCAGUGGACCAGCCCAUUUUUUAACCUUGUACAACAUGGUGAGCCUAGAUAGUCGUCGUUGUUCUUUCCAUGGUGACCAGCCCAGUGUUUCUAGCAUGGUGCCAAUACUUGAGGGGUUUCUGUAGGGGUUCAGGACAAAGCGUGCCGCCCGUUGCUGGACCGCCUCCAACAUGUCGAUGCUUUUCUGGGUAAAUGGGUUCCAGACUGUAGAUGCAUACUCUAAAAGCGGCCAGACAAAGGCUUUAUAGGCUUUUUCUUUCACACUUGAGUUGCUGAUCUUCAGGUUUGGCCUUAGGAACCCCAGGGUCUUGAUUGCCCGGUUGCACACCUUGUUAAUGUGCUUAUCCCAAGGAACCUCUCUUUGAAUUAUUAAAAUUCAACUUACAAGAGUCAAAAGAAAUAGAAAUAGCAACAUAUACUCGCUGAUAAUGAAGAUGAAAAUCAGAAAAAAGAUGCACUCAUGAUUGAAAGUGCUAUUUUAUAUUGGUUGAAAACAAAGUGCUCGUUUGCUAUGCCUUUCUAUAAUUUCACAAUUUAACGGGACAUUUCAAUAUAAUUUCUCGGUAGGGGAAACCACUCCCCCAAUUUCAAGAAAAAAAUUACAAAAUGAGAAGAAAAAACCUAUCAAGUAAAUACAGAGCUGAAUUUUUAAAUAUUUUGAAAAAUAUCACUUUGGCUGGUAGUUGACCUGGAGGACUUCCACGAACUAUAUACCUUGGAAGACAUCGCCGGCCCUGCUGCUAACUGCUCUUUAGCCGCUUGGCAGUUGGGCCUCUAGGGUCUGAGUUUUUUUAAAGAAAGGUCUAAUUAAUUCAAUUAUUGCAAAGUUUCGUAUUAAUUUCAAUGAUCUUGCAAUUAGUAAGGUAAACAACAAAUUUGUUUUACUUUUAGACAUACUGAAAUCUGGCCCUAGAUUUAGAAACUUCAAUUUUAUUCUUAAUAAAAUACAAAAAACUGUUCGCUUACUUAGGUUAGGCCUUAAAUUUAUGUGUGUCUUUUUCUCUAAUUAAGGUUGGACAGAAGUAUGAAUUACUCUGCUGUGAUAAGCACAAAAAUGUGGGAAAGCGUAUCAAGAAGGAUAUUUCAACUUGUCGACCAGAUAUCACCCACCAGUGUUUACUUAUGUUGAUGGAUUCCCCCCUGAAUAGGGCAAAUCUGUUGCAGGUGUCAUUUUUUUAAAAUCCUUUUUAAACCAUAUUUGUAUCAUUCAAGUACUUAGAUGGAGGAGAGUUGAUCUAUAUUUGUAUCAUUCAAGUACUUAGAUGGAGGAGAGUUGAUCUAUAUUUGUAUCAUUCAAGUACUUAGAUGGAGGAGAGUUGAUCUAUAUUUGUAUUAUUCAAGUACUUAGAUGGAGGAGAGUUGAUAAGCUGUAGGAAAUGGGUCCAAAUAUUAUUCUAUACCUUUUUAAAUCAGUUUCAAGUUUUCAUGUAGAUACAAUGCAAUGUUACAGUUAAAAAAUGUCAGAUUAGCUGUGAAUUAUAAGUUUUCUUUGUUUCUUUCUAUGUUGAUUAAUGUAUUCAAAUAUUCUUCUUAUUAAUUUGACAGGUGUAUGUUAGAACAGAAAAAAAUGUUUUGAUAGAAAUCAACCCCCAGACUCGAAUACCUCGAACUUUUGAUAGAUUUUGUGGCUUGAUGGGUAAGUUCCAUAGGAGUUUCAGAGUUGCUUCAUUUUCCUGUCACUCUCCUGUAUUUAAAUUCUGAAUGUAAUACCAACAGUUUCUCAAAAUAUUUUGCUUUGUAUGUUUCUGCACAGCACAUUUAAAAAUACUUUCAUGCUGAGAGAAGGGAAGCAAUCUAUUGGGUUGGGGUUUAAGGGGUUAGUGUUUGAGGAGAGGGGGAGAAGUAAGGCAGGAGAGGACAGGACAUGUGGGGGCUGCUUAAGGGGGUAAAUAGUUUUAGGAGCAGUUGGGUCUUCUGGGUGGUAAUAAGGCUGGUGAUUAUAAUAAUAGGAUCAUUUCUAUCAGUUUCUUUCUUUCUUUUCAAGUUCAACUUCUUGACAAGCUCAGCAUAAGGGCAAGUGAUGGCCCUCAAAAACUUCUGAAGGUACGAUUAAUAUGAAAUGUAAAUUAUUUAUAACAUUAAAAAAAAAAAGUACGUCUCUCCACAAUCUGAAAUAUAUUAACUGCUGAAUUAUUUUUUUUACUAUCACACCAUAAUAUUUUGUAAAUUUUACCAGUCUGUUAAUAUGUUGUGCAUCAUUUUAUGUAUAGAUCAAUGAAUACUUAUAUACUUUUCAAAGAAUGGUUAGGACUAAAAUACUUUGCUUACAUUUAUCAUGGCUACCAGGUCAUCAAGAACCCAAUCAAUGACCACCUGCCCACUGGUUGUCCCAAAUACGCUAUGUCUUACAGUGCUAAGGAGAUCAUCAAUGUCAGAGAUUAUGUCCCAAAGGAUGGUCCAGCUGUCUUUGUUAUUGGAGCCAUGGCUCAUGGAAGUGUAAGUCAAUCAGUAUAUAGUUUAUAUGGGAUUGGAAAUAGUUGUGAGUGUCAAGUGAUUUUAGCAGGAUUUCACCAGUAAUUUAAUUGCUCAAUUGUGGGUAAAUUGGCCUGUUUGCCAAUGCAGAUGUAGUCAUAUAUUGUGCACUUAAUUCAUGUAUGGUCAUUAAUUGUAGGUAAUUUAUUUUAAGAUUUCUCAUCAAUUCCAAUUUGUGAAGUGCUUUUGGGUUCCUGGGUGGAAGUGGACAUAAUUAUUAUAAUUGUGUCGAGAAAGAGGGAAGCAGAUUUUAAGAAGAAAUUGGCAUCUUUCCAUCACUUUAAUGGUUGGGGACAUGCUGAAAUUAUGGCUAGCAAAAACAGAGAUAUGGUGUCAUGUUGACACUGAUGUGAUGUCAUGUUGACAAUGAUAUGGUGUCAUGCUAACACUGAAGUGAAAAGUAACAAAACCUAUGGGAAAGAAUACACCAUUACAGGGCUUUAGAUUUAGAGGCUGGCACAUACUUGAUUGUUUACAUCCAAUAUUGGGUUACAUUUUCAGAUAUUCAUUUGCUGAUUAUAAAUAAUCUGAUACCUGUGCAAGCCAAAUUAUGAAGUUUCGUACGUCUCAAGUAAUGUCAGUAUUGCAUUCUGAAGUAGUUAAUGAAAAAUGUAACAUUUUCAGAUAAAUCCUGAUUACACUGAGAAGUCAUUUUCUAUCAGCAACUAUCCACUGUCUGCAGCCAUCACAUGUUCUAAAGUCUGUAGUGGAUUUGAAGAGGUUUGGGGGAUUCAGUAACAAAUAAAUAUUUCUGUAUAUGUGA